GCCGCACAGCUCCUGUCGCCGUCGCGGCUUCCGGUGCUAGGUGGAGGGAGGGCAGGAGGGAGCCGGGGAGCGGGCCAGCGGACCAGCUUCGCCGCGGUCGGCUUGCGGAGCGGGAGGCGGCGGCCGGAGAGCCAGGCGGAACCUGCGGGGGCGGGGGCGGCGGUGGCAGCCGCGGCGCAGGGAGCAGGAACAGGAUCAAGCCCUCCAUACCAGGGACCAGGCUAAAGCCAGAUCACCACUGCCCCUACCUGGGCCCCAUUGACUUCAAGCGGCCACUGUAAUCAUGGGCAAUAUCUUCGGGAACCUUCUGAAGAGCCUCAUCGGGAAGAAGGAGAUGCGCAUCCUAAUGGUGGGCUUGGAUGCUGCAGGGAAGACCACCAUCCUGUACAAGCUGAAACUCGGGGAGAUCGUCACCACCAUCCCGACCAUCGGAUUUAAUGUGGAGACAGUGGAAUAUAAGAAUAUCAGCUUUACAGUAUGGGAUGUCGGUGGCCAGGACAAGAUUCGGCCCCUCUGGAGACACUACUUCCAGAACACCCAAGGCUUGAUAUUUGUGGUUGACAGCAAUGACCGGGAGCGAGUGAAUGAGGCCCGGGAGGAGCUGAUGAGGAUGCUGGCGGAGGAUGAGCUCCGGGAUGCUGUUCUCCUUGUGUUUGCAAACAAACAGGAUUUGCCCAAUGCCAUGAACGCUGCUGAGAUCACAGACAAGCUGGGACUGCAUUCUCUGCGUCACCGCAAUUGGUACAUCCAGGCCACCUGUGCCACCAGCGGGGACGGGCUGUAUGAAGGCUUGGACUGGCUGGCCAAUCAGCUCAAAAACAAGAAGUGAGAGCCAGGCAGCCCUCUCUUGACUACCCCACCCACUCCUGACACAUACCUGUUGUCUCCUUACCCCACUUCCCCCUUUCUUCCUCUUGAAAGUGUGGCCAAGGCCCUGGGUAUCAUGUCCACAUGCCCACAGGCACCUUGCCUCCCAAGCCUCCCUCCUCCUUCCCUGUGCAGACAUGGUCUGCCCCCACCUGCUGUCCUGAUGAUGAGUCAUUCCUGCUUCCUGGAUUUAAGACAGAAUGAAGCUGUAUGGUUUCGUGGGGUGGUCCCCCUGGGUUUCAGGAGGAAGACUGGGGUGUUCUCUGUUUGCUGUUUGGCACUGGUUGCUGUGCUCCUGGCAUCUGAGUCCCUUCCCUGUGUCCCUGGCCACUCUCUUCCCUGUCGUCCUUUCCUUUGACACCCUCUCCAAUCUACAUGGACAUUGCACGGGCCUCCCUGUGUGCGUGCAUGUGUGCGCCUGUAUAUACGUGUAUAGAGAGAUAUAUAUGUCGGGUCAGGGGAGGGAGCAGAGCGCAGCUCAGGGCUUGCAGCCAGAACACUGCGCACGAGGACUUGUCACCUGUCCUUCCAUGUUGGCGAGAUAAGGGGAUGUGGGUAGGUCCCACAGGUGGCGUUCCUGGAUGUUAGGGUACAUGAUGGGCUCCUACAGCCAUCUGUCUUUAUCUUUCCUUCUCCACUAUUACGAGCACAUGAAAUGGCAUUGAUCUCUGGGUGACUGUUCCCAAGGAGCUGCCAUCCUACUCUGCCUCAUUAGUAGGAAGGAAAGGAGCCCUGUCACGCAUUCAGUCUAGAGUGUUGUAUUGAUCUUCCCCACUGCCCUCAGAUCUGCUCCCCAGGGACUCAGAGGGAGGUGGGUUAGUGGGACCUGCAUGUAGAGGGUGGACAGUGGUCUGGGGAAGGCCUCGAUCUUCCAUCUUACUCUCAUGAGGAGGAGAAGGUAAGGCAUGGAGCAGUCAUGUUCCUGCCUUCUGGUCUUGGGGGCCGGGUGGGUCUAUCUGUCAGAGAUAUUUUCCCCUUAGUAGUUCUGCUGGCCUGGUGAGGACUGACCAGGUCUAAUAAUGAGAAGCCAUGGGUUGGGGGGGUGACAUAGCCCGUCUCAGUAUCAACCCCUGUUCUCCAGUUCUCUGUCUAGUGCAGGACCAGGAAAGAUAAGUUUCUGUUAGCCUCGAUGUCCCAUCCCCCUCCAUUCUGGCAGCUUUCCCCAGUCCUCCCUGUCCCUGAAGAGGUCUGUGGGGUUGGAGUAGAUACCUAGGGCCCUGCAUGGGUCCUGCUGAGGCUGGAACUGUGAUCCAUCUUCAGGGCCCUCCCUCCAUUGUCUACUUGUUCAGUUGCUGCUGCAGGUCUGUAGAGGGCGCCUGUUCCAGAAGCGCUGACCUGGGUCCUGACUUGUCGCUGCACUGAAGCUGUGGCUGUUCUGUGGGCUCCUGUGUGUGCUGGCUGCGCCCUGAGCUCCAAAACAGUUACCCAUAACCUCUGCUAAGGUCAGGACCCUGGGCUCUCUGCAGUAUGGCCGAGGGACCCUUCCCAGAGGGCUGUUCUGAUCUCACUUGGUGGCCAGGUUUCCUGCUACCUUUGUCUAUAGCAGCAGAUAGGUUCCCCAGCCUACCGUCAGCUGAGCUGUGUGAGGUCCCAGGAUGUCUCUCAGUGUGCUCUGUGAUACCCCAGACACCACGUGGGUGUGUGCUCUAGACCUGGUGUGUGUGUGUGUGUGUGUGUGUGUGAGAUCUCUACAUGGGGGUGCCAGGGGUUCUGUUUCAUUUUAAAUGGGUUCCUUCCAUUUCCCGGGUUCCUCUCUUUAUUGUUCCUGUCCUCCUGUCGCCCUCACUCUCUCUGCCAUUUCCAAGCCCCCCCCCCCCCCCCCCCCCCCCCCCGUUGCUGCUGUGAGCGCCUGUUUGCCUUCUCAGUUCACUCACCACUUUGCCUGUUUGGUUUUAUUUUUGUCUUCUAUUUGAUUUUCUACUCUACCUUUGCUUUGAGAUUGGUGAGGACUUUGCCUCUUUCUCUGCCACGCUCUCUGACCUCCCACUUAGAUGCUAGUUCCAGAUAGGUUUUGUACAUUGCAGACUUCAUUCCAUUCCUGCGCCCCUUACCACAGCUUCUUAUUUUUCCCACCUCCUGGGACCAACCUGAGGCUGAGCGGACUGAGGCAGCCUUGAAUGUUUCCUUGGUGCUGCUCCAGACAUGUCCAGCAGGGGGCAGCAACAUCCUGGUGAUGCCUCUGGCUUUGUGGGAGGUGGGGGUCUUUCUGCACUCCCGGUUGGUCUUUAGGGGUUGGGUGUUUCAUCCCAUUUCUGUGAACUCCCUCUCUUGCCUUUUUCAAGUUGGUUUAAUUUUUGAUCUUGUUCUCCCUUUCUUUUUGGAGACUCCUCCCCCUUCCCUCCACCUCCAAAAUUUGUGGUGUUCCAGUGGUAUCUGCAGUUCUGAAGUGGGUUUUUUCUUUUUGCUUUCUCUGGAAUGUGGACUGUACAUGUUUAAUAACUUGCCUUCUCUAUUCUUGCUCAAAAGUGUGGGAUAAUGCAAUGACUGUGCCCUGGUUGGAAAUUAAACUUGUUUUACGCA